CGCGGUGAGGGGGUCGCUGGUGAAAGGCUGUGUUUCUCCUCACCAGGUCUCCUCUGCAGAGGAGAAGAGGCAGAUGAGACUCCAAGACUGCCUCCAGGGCAGAACUUUGUAGUGCUCUCAGCAUCCCUCUGCAGCGUGGAUGUGAGCCGCAGGAGUUGGGGAUGUUUGAGGCAGUCUGUGCCAAGUGACACCUAGCAGCUGCUCCGGUGGCUUUUGUGUGGUCUCACCCCCAACGGCUUGGCCUGUUGUGAAGAUGUCCAUGGUGUUUCUGUGAAGCUGAGGCAUGGCUGCUGGAAGGUUACUGCUCUAUGCUGGCCUCUCUUUAGCUCUGUGUGCCCUUGGCAUGCUGGCUGUGGCAAUCUGCUCUGACCAUUGGUAUGAAACUGAUGCCAGGAAACACAGAGAGAGGUGCAAGAGCAUCACCACUAAGAGAAAUGAUCCUGGCUUCAUUUAUAACUCCAACAACAACCUGCCUCUCAGGGCCAGCAGGUCUAGGUUGGACCGCUGGGAAGGGAAACUCCUCUUGGCAAGAAACAGGAGGCAGAUCUUUGCUAUGAGCGCAGUCGACGAGUGCAACAGACAGUACAACUCCACCAAUAUGGGGCUCUGGAGGAAAUGCCACCGACAAGGAUUCGACCAGGAGCUGGAGGAGAUGAUUGCCAAAGGAGCAAUUGAGCGGUGCUCGUACAUCAAGUACCACUACUCCUCAGCCACCAUCCCCAAGAACCUUACGUACAACAUCACCAAGACAAUCCGCCAGGAUGAGUGGCACGCCUUGCAUCUGCGCAGGAUGACCGCUGGCUUCAUGGGCAUGGCCGUGGCCAUCAUCCUCUUUGGGUGGAUUAUCGGCGUCCUGGGGUGCUGCUGGGACCGAGGCCUUAUGCAGUAUGUGGCAGGGCUUCUCUUCCUCAUGGGAGGAACCUUCUGCAUCAUUUCACUGUGCACGUGCGUGGCCGGAAUCAACUUUGAGCUCUCCCGCUACCCCCGCUACCUGUACGGACUGCCCGACGACAUCAGCCAUGGCUAUGGCUGGUCCAUGUUCUGUGCGUGGGGGGGCCUGGGCCUCACUCUGAUCUCUGGCUUCUUCUGCACUCUGGCCCCUUCUGUCCAACCUGUCCCCAGGACCAACUGCCCCAAAUCUAGACCUGAGAAUGGGACAGUGUGCUAAAACAAAUAGCAAACAAAUACACACA